AUGUCUCUAUACCAUGAAGGCGCGGAUGUGCUGGUCGCCUCCUCCACCGAGGGUGGCAGUCUCAAGUCUCGUAUCUUUGGCCGCCGAAAUAUCAAGUCCUCACCUGGCCAGCUCUACGCCCUUGUUUUUGAGACGUGCAAAUGGAGUUUGGUGUUGAAAGAGGUCAUAGAUGCUGCUGCAAUUUUAUCAAUAGAGAAAAAGCUCACACCCAUUCUCGCUCUUUUGCUGGCGCAUGACUUGCUGUUAGCAAAGGGAGGCGUUGCUCUGCCAAAGACUCAUGGUCUAAGAGUAACUAUUGAGAAGCACAAGGCGCGUUUGACGUCGGAACUCACACGCGCAAGGCUACGUCGCAAAGCACCAACCAUGGAGGCUCUCAAGCAGCAGAUUGAUCGUGCCGCGGCGGGCGAAGAGGCGCUAAUCCCGCGCUGGGUUCGCAUCAACACGAUAAAAACUACUGUAGAGGAGCAACUCAGCACCACAUUCAAAGGCUUCCAACAGGUGACUACCAUUGACGAGGUUCUGGCAUCAGCGACGACGUCAACGGGCGCAAAGCAGCGCAGGAUCCUCAUUGACCAGCACAUUCCGAACCUCGUCGCCGUGACGCAGGGCGUCGACUUGUCCAAGACGGAGGCGUACAAAUCUGGCAAAAUUAUUUUCCAAGACAAGGCGUCGUGUUUUCCUGCCUACCUGCUCGACCCGUUACCGGAGGAUGGCGACGUGGUCGAUGGGUGCGCGGCGCCGGGCAACAAGACGACACACUUGGCAGCGAUUUGCUACGCUCGGCGGCCUGAUUUCGUGACGCCUGACCCGCAAAAGAUUUUUGCGUUUGAAAAGGACAAGCGCCGCUCGCAGACUCUGACGAAAAUGGUCAAGAUUGCGGGCUCACAAGGCUGGACGAGGGUCGGCUUUGGGCAGGAUUUUUGUCAGGUCGACCCGACGGGCCAGCAAUUUUCCAAAGUGGGAGCGCUUCUAUUAGAUCCAAGCUGUUCAGGUAGUGGUAUCGUUGGCCGCGAUACCAUGCCAGAGCUACAUAUUCCUAGGGCUUCACCCGCCGCGGCUGCUGGGAAACAAAUGGACAAAGGAAAAGGCAAGGCUUCUGAUGAAAGGGGAGGCGAGAAUAAGAAGAGAAAACUUGACGACAAAGACGCGGCUCAGAGCAGCAUCAUGAUUGACGACGAGGGCAACGAAACUGUCAUCGACUCCGAGAAGGAUCUCGAGGCGCGCCUACAAGCUCUUGCCGGCUUUCAGCUCAAGAUUCUUUUACAUGCACUCACAUUUCCCGCGGCAAAGAAAGUAACAUAUUCGACUUGCUCGAUACACUCGCAGGAGAAUGAGCACGUUGUCAUGAAGGUGCUCGAAUCCGAGGUGGCCCAGAGACGCGGUUGGCGCAUCAUGAAGCGCUCCGAUCAAGUACGGGGUAUGCGUGACUGGCCAGUGCGCGGAAUCAAGGAAAGCUGCGGCGGGGAUGCCGAAGUGGCGGAUGCCUGCAUCCGCUCUUACAAGGGCGACGGACACGGCGUUAUGGGUUUCUUCGUGGCCGGAUUCGUGAGGGACGGCAGCAAGGACGAGGCGAUGGAUCCGGAUGGACCUUAUAUGAGAGAUGAGAGGGGCAUGAUUGUGCGCGACGGGAUGGGGAUGCCGUAUCUGAAAAAGACGGGAAAGCCGGUGGAGCUGCUGCCGAGGGAUGAGAGCGAGGACGAAGACGAGGACGAGGAUGAGGACGAGGAAGAAAUGGACCCGGAUGGGCCAUAUGUGAGGGAUGGAGCGGGUCUGAUUAUUAGAGACGAUGAUGGGAUGCCGUUCUUGAAAAGGAAGAGCAAGCCUGGGGAAUUGGUGAGAAUAGAGGAGAGCGAAGAUGAUGACGAAGAAGAGGAUGAGGAUGAAGACAAUGAAAGUGACGAUGAUGAUGAGGAAGACGACGACGACGACGAUGAUGAAGAGGGCUGGGAGGGUUUCGAUGAAUGA